AUGCCUGGAAUCUUUAACAUCUGGCCCGCACACGGGCCCGCUACUGCUAGCAGUAACUUCAGAACUGCUCCCGCCGCAUCUUCCGCUGCAUCUGCCGCUGGGAAUUUCUUCAGCAAGCAGGAGUACCUGUCUUUCGCCGUUGACCACCACGUCGCGACAAAACCGGCGGACCUGCUACUGACUGCGGAGCUCUCCGCAAUCUCCGGCGCGAUUCCCGCUCCGGUGUUGCCGCAUCAGACGCCCGCUUCCCCCGCGGUGAAAUCGCUGCUGUUCAACCAGCCGUCGAUCUCGCCGCACAACCCGCCGCGACUUCCGCUCGGCGGAAUUGGCGCGCUGCAGCAAAUCCUUCGUACCGCAACUGCCGGCGCUAAUACCGGCGAACGGAGCCGCGGCUGCGCUAGCGGCACCCUUCUCGCAGGGCAAAUUUCUGCAGUCGGCGGUUCGGCAGCUGAAAAGUCUGCAGCGACAAAGGCGGGGGAGAGCUCAGCGGCAACUGCGGCGGUGGCUGCGGCGAAUAGCGCCAGCAGCCGAGGUCUGCAUUUAAUCCACGGGGCAUGGCCGACGGGCAGUCAUGGGAAGACCGCCGCAAGCCACGGCGCCAAGAGCGGUGGCAGCUACGACAGCAACAGUUCCGGCAGCGCGCACGAUCCGUCGUCCGUGUGUUUGGCGGAAAUGGUGUCCGAUUUCAUGGAGACCGGCUCGGCUGAGAGCCACACGCUCGACCACCGCCUGCUUGACGCGAUUCACGGCAGCGAGGGUGGCUAUAACGCGGACGUUUUCUCGCGCAUGGCGGAGCAGGACGCGCAGGCUCCGCGGAUGGGCGAGAGCGGCGGGUGGUGCGGAAUGGGGGACGUUUCGAGCCUCGUUGAGAGCUUGAGAGAGCAGGGGUUGCACCUGCCGCCCUGGCGCCGGGCCGAGUAUCUCCGGACCAAGUGGGCCGGACCGUACCGGAGGACCACGAACCAGAUUCCGAGGUCCGGGAGCAGCACGCAGCUGGCUGGUUCGAGAACGAGCCUGGUGGCUCCGGCUGCCGCUGCUGGCGAUUCUGCUGAUCUGUUUAGGCUUCGCUCGUCACGGCAGCAGGCUGUGUUCGGCUGGCGAGGACAGGAGAUGCAUCAGCAGCAACCCCAUCACCAGCUGCAUCACCAGCCGCAUCACCAACCCCAUCACCAGCCUCGUCAGCAACCCUCCGUUGCUGCCUCACGGCCGGUUUUCCUGCCUCUCAAUGCAGCGCGCCCUGUCCCUGCCAUGUUCCCUGCACCGCCCGCCGCCGCUGCCCCGUUGGCUGUGUCUGGUAACCCGUUUGCGGUAACCGAGAAGAGGAACACGGUUACCGCCUACGGGAAGAAGCCGAGCGCGGUUACCGGAUUCGGGCGUGAGGCUGUGGAGGUUGAUGUGUCGGGUGCUGUAAUGACGGCAGAGCGUGUCAGCCAAGGGCAUGAGCCUCUUGAUAGAGCUAAUAAGGCGGAUGACUGUGACCAGAAUUCUGCACAGGGUGAUUGCUGUUCAUGGCCGGGUUCGGGACGAGGGUUGGAGUCAGGCUCGGGGUUGGAGCAGGUAACAGGGCUGGAUUUUGAGGUUUGGAGGGAAGGAUGGCAAGACGAACAGACAGAGGGGAAGGGAAGACCGCAAGGAGGCACUGAUGGGACAGAAUUCGUUAAGAUUCGUCCAUCUCAAACUGAAGCUGUCAGUACUGCAGAGGAGGUUUCCAAGGCAGGAGGCCAGGCUCGGGUAGGGACUCCGAGGCUCGGCAAAAAGGGUUCCGAGGCUCAGGCUCGGGAUGUUCGCAUGGAGCCUGUGGUAGACGAGUGGAUAGUCCGGUUCACUUCAUACGAACCUGUGGAGGUGCAUCGGCAAAGGCUGUUAGAUGCUCUAGAAUCUCCCCGAAUCCCGGACGCUAGCCAAUCAGGAGGCUUUACUGGAAGCACUGGAACAGGAAGCGGUGGCAGUCAGUCAGGAAUUGGCCAAUCGGGUGCAGCCAGAUGGCACUGGGUAGAAAGGACGAAUCCAGCCAUGGCCUUCCCAACGGAUUUUGGCGUUUUGCUGGUUGAGGGAGCUGAGAAGGAGGGGGAGGACGGGGAGAGCGGGACAGGGGGCAAUGUGUGGGGGGAUCUGAAGCGUCAGAUUGAGGCCUUUUCGUUUGUGAAGGAUGUACACCGUCAGAUGAAGUACACUCGCUCACUGAUGUACAGUGAUGGGGAGCGGGAAGGAGGCGAGAGAAAAGCGUCCUUUGAGGGAAAGCAUGUGACUCUCCCACAUGAACUGGCUUCUAUUUCUGGGUCGUUUCACACUAGGGCCUGGAAUGUGUCGGCUGCUGCUGUCAACCGCCGACACCUGAUGCAGGCGCACAAGUCUCAGAUCACGUCUCUGUUCCACGCGGAACGGCUGUGGGCCAAGGGCUUCAGUGGGGCAAACGUCAAGAUGGCUGUGUUUGACACGGGCGUGCGGGCAGACCACCCGCACUUCCGCAAUAUCAAGGAGCGCACCAACUGGACCAACGAGGACACACUAAACGACAGCCUGGGCCACGGCACCUUUGUGGCAGGGGUGAUCGCCAGCUGUGACUCGCACUGCCGUGGGUUUGCCCCCGAUGCAGAUAUCUACGCCUUCCGAGUGUUCACCAACGCGCAGGUCUCCUACACGUCCUGGUUCCUGGAUGCAUUCAACUACGCCAUUCUCACCAGGAUGAACGUGCUCAACCUCAGCAUAGGGGGGCCUGACUACCUCGACCGACCCUUUGUGGAGAAGGUGGGCAACGGCAUUCUGAUGGUAUCAGCCAUUGGAAGCGUCGCCCCCCUGUACGGGACACUCAACAACCCCGCAGACCAGAAUGAUAUGAUCGGGGUGGGCAGCAUCGACUACACUCUGCACAUUGCUUCUUCUCUCCCCCAUCCCCUGCCCUUUCCCCCCCUGCCAACUGUUAUUUUCCUCCCCUUGCAGGUGUGGGAGGUGACAGGUAACGGCAUACUCAUGGUAUCGGCCAUUGGAAACGAUGGGCCCCUCUACGGGACACUUAACAACCCCGCGGACCAGAACGAUGUCAUCGGGGUGGGCGGCAUCGAUUAUACCCUGCAUAUCGCUUCCCCAAAAUCUCCCCAUUCUCUGCCGCCCACCCAUUCCACCCCUCUCAGGUACGGCCGAAUGAAGCCGGACAUAGUGGCCUACGGGCGGGAGGUGGUCGGCUCGAAGAUCAACGGCGGGUGCAAGAGCCUCUCAGGGACGUCCGUCGCAAGCCCAGUGGUGGCAGGCGCGGUUUGUCUUCUAGCGAGCGUGGUGCCAGAAGCUGUGCGGUGGGGCCCGGGAGGGGUGCUGAACCCAGCGACGAGCGUGGUGCCGGAAGCUGUGCGGUGGGGCCCGGGAGGGGUGCUGAACCCAGCGAGUAUGAAGCAGGCGUUGGUGGAAGGAGCCGACAGGCUGACCGGACCGCACAUGUUUGAGCAGGGCUCUGGGCAGUUGAAUCUUCUGCGCUCCCACGCCAUUCUCGCCAGUUACACCCCGCGAGCCUCGGUCCACCCAGCUUCUCUCGACCUCACGGACUGCCCCUACUCCUGGCCGUGGUGCCGCCAGCGGCUCUUCGCCUCUGCCCUGCCGCUCAUCAUCAACGCCACCAUCCUCAACGGCAUGGGCGUCACUGGCUGGCUCGCUGCUCCGCCUGUGUGGGUGCCCACAGAGGUCAACCUCACCAGCACGGCAGCAGAGGGCAAUCUUUCCACCACAGCUGCAGCUGGCAGCACUGUGAAUGCUUCGACUUCAUAUCCCUCCUCUGCAGCCUCCUCUCCACCCCUUGAUCGGAUGCUGCAUGUGCGCUUCUCCUACCCCGCGGUGCUGUGGCCGUGGUCCGGAAAUCUGGGGAUCUACCUGAGGGUGCACCCCGCUGCAAGGCACCUCAACGGCACCAUAUCAGGCACCAUUCACUUCACGGUUGUCUCUCCCCCCGGUCCCAACGAGGCCACCCAUCGCACCACCAACUGCUCGCUGCCCCUCCGCGUUGCCCCUCCUCCUCCCCCACCUCGUCCCUUUCCCCACCCUUCCCCCCACCCCUCCUCCACCCCAACACAGGCACCAUAUCAGGCACCAUUCACUUCACGGUUGUCUCUCCCCCCGGUCCCAACGAGGCCACCCAUCGCACCACCAACUGCUCGCUGCCCCUCCGCGUUGCCCCUCCUCCUCCCCCACCUCGUCCCUUUCCCCACCCUUCCCCCCACCCCUCCUCCACCCCAACACAGGCACCAUAUCAGGCACCAUUCACUUCACGGUGCGCGCUGGCUGACUGUCAAGGCAAUCUACAGGGUUGCAUACUCUCACUGUCCCUCUCUACCUCUCUCUACCUCUCUCUACCGCUCCCUGCCUCUCCGCGUUGCCAUCAUGCCCACACCGCCCCGCCACCGCCGUGUGCUGUGGGACCAGUUCCACAACGUGCGAUACCCCCCUGGGUACAUCCCCAGGACUCUUGCCUCCCCUUUCCCUACAGGGAUGCUGGGGUCGCCCCUCCGCCCAUCUACUCCCAAGGGGACGUGCUUAUUCAACCCUUGCAUCCCCUCUCCCCCCAGGGACUCUCUGGAUGUGAGAAACGACAUCCUGGAUUGGCACGGCGACCACCCCCACACCAACUUCCACGGGCUGUUCGCCGCUCUGAGGGAGUGGGGCUUCACGCUCGAGGUGCUGGGGUGGCCCCUGACGUGCUUCGAUGCGCGGGAGUAUGGCGCGCUGCUGAUGGUGGAUAUGGAGGAGGAGUUCCAUACAGAGGAGGUAGCCAAGCUGCAUAAUGACGUCACAAAGCUGGGCCUGGGUCUCAUAGUGGCUUCCAAUGCCCCGCACAAUAGAGAGAGCCCGCCUCAUCUCCCUGUUGAGGACUCUUGCCAUGAGUGGGUGCAUCCCUCACCCCAUUCCCCACCCUCCAUGAAGCACAUGCGCGUCUUUGACAACAACACGCGCUCCUGGUGGACGCCUGCCACUGGUGAGCGCAGGCGUCUUGUAGACAGUGGCAGCACUGCUUGCUCGCCAUCAGUAGUGGCGCCAACGUACCAGCUCUCAAUGACCUUCUCUCUCCCUUUGGAAUCGCAUUCGGCGAUGCCAUUCUUUCCGGCACCUUUUCAAUCGCCGGUCAGCGAGCCUACUUUGCUUCGGGCACCAAUAUUCGCAGAUGACCUGUUGCUAGGAGGCGGUGUUGCAGGGGAGGAGCUGGGAGGCAAUUCGGCUGCGAAGAGCAUUUGGAGGCACUGGCAUGAGCGGGAGGAGGAGCUCGAUACAUUUUUCCCAGUCAUCGCUGCUGCCUCAGGAUUCAUAUUUCUCGCAUCGACGCCCAGCUCGUCGAGUUCGCCCUCCGAUGGGCCGUCGUCUUCGUUCUUUGACCGGAGCGUUUCCAUUGGUAGCGGCGAGUUCGCGUUUUCACAAAGCCCAGCAGGGCAGCUCGAGGAUCCCGGCACGCCAAGGCUCUUUCCCCGUGACUUAUCGGACCCUGCCGCGGAACCGAACCGCACUUUAGAGACCUACGAUGGUGACAAUUUUCGGCAUGAGUUCGCGAAUUUUAACGACGCGACGUCGGGGGUCGUUCGACGCGCUUCGGAAGAUCCUGCAGUUGCUAAUCGUGCUAGCAACGGGGUGGAAGGUGCUGAACUGACUCAUACGGCCCCGCUGGCGCUGCGAAAGCCAGCGGAGUGGGCGGAAUGGCACUGCUGGCGGCAUGGCCGGCAAACCAACGAUAUCCCGAAGCCUUCUGUCGAAGAAAUUCGCGAGGCUCUGAGCGCAACGCACAUCGAGGAAUCGCGCAAAUGCAUCCAGAAAUCGGCUGCGGAUGCGUGGGCGGCGCAGGAGGAGUUUAAGCGCGGCGUCGAAAGGGCCAUGGCCAGACAUGAAGCGGCUGCGAACUUUAUGGGGGGCACUUUUCUGAGCGGGAGUAAUAGCAUGAUUGGACGUUUGUUGGAGCACAUGAAGGGAAAGAGUCAUAAGGUUAUUAGCAUCAAGCGAGGAAUUCUUAAGGAGAUUUCCAUGUUUUGUGCGGUGGCUGGUUCUCCGAAUCGUUUGAGAACAUUGGUUUUGAUUAUGCGCACCGCCGUGUGCACGGCAGGUUUGCUACUGCGAGAACCCUAA